CUUCCCCUACAAUUUAUUACCAAAACUCUUUUUUCUUCCCUACCUCCACACUAUAUAAAUACACAUACCUUCAACUAGAUCUUACAUUUAAGAGAAAAGUUUGUUCUAUCAUAUUCAUGGCUAUACUUACUCUUCCCUUGAUUAUUUUCUCUCUCCUCGCUCUCACCGCCUUCGACGCCACGGCUGCAACCACCUCCACCAACAACUUCAUACAAACAAAAUGCAGCUCCACAGCCUACCCAAAAGUUUGUGUUCAAUCUUUGUCCACCUUUGCCACCAAAAUCCGAAAAAGCCCACGUCAACUAGCCCAAACUGCUCUCAUAGUGAGCCUGGCCAAGGCUCGUUAUGCAAAGGCCUAUGUAGCUCACUUGGCCCGCUAUGAUGGGCUCAGGCCCAGAGAAGUUGGGUCAGUCCAAGACUGUUUGGAGGUUAUUGGAGACACUGUAGAUAGGCUUAGUAAAUCAGUCCAUGAAUUCCAUACCGCGGUCCAGGCCCAAUCUAGGGAUUUUUUAUGGCAUAUGAGUAAUGUACAGACUUGGGCUAGUGCUGCUCUCACUGAUGAGAAUACUUGUGUUGAUGGGUUUGAAGGCCCGGGCAUAAAUGGGAGGACCCAAAAUGCAAUUAAGGCCCAAUUAGAGAGUGUUAUGCAGUGUACUAGUAAUGCCCUUGCUUUGGUUAAUCAGUUUGCUAGCAAGUACUCUCCCAAAAAUGUAUGAUCAUAUUUAUAAUUCUGUGAGGUACCCAAAUAUAUAUAUACAAUGGGGUAAGAAAAUUUUGGAGGAAUAAAAGAAGAAAACUUCUUUUUCUUA